UUUUCCAGCCGUCCUAGAUGACCUAGGUAGGGCACCGCAUAAUGUUUGCUAUGUACCUCUUUACUCGCUUAGAUAUUUGUUCAACCUGCCUCUCAGUUCAUUUACUUACAUAGGUGCAAUGGAUCGUUUUUGGUCUGCGCCACCUGUGACGAGGACCCUCACUGCCCUCGCUUUUUCUCAGUCUGCUUUGGUCUAUGGUGGCCUAAUUAGUGGUAGAUAUGUCAUAUUCCGUCCAGAGCUAGUCUUCAAGCUAUUUCCUGAGGCAUGGAGAUUGUUCUCGUCGUUUUUACUCACAGGGCCGCGUCUCGAUUUUAUAUUUGAUCUUUAUUUCAUGUUCAAAUAUGGCAGUGCUUUGGAGACAGGCUCACCGCGGUUCAGUUUACCGGGUGACUUUUGCACAUACGUGUUCUUUGUAGCUACUAUUAUCAUACUCUCUGCAGGUUGCCUUCUGGACGAUGUAGUUUUCACCCAUGCAUUGAUUAUCGCAUUCGUUUACACAUUCGCUCAGGACAACAGAGGUAGAAAGGCUUCAUUCUUUGUCCAACUACCGGUUGAGUUCCUACCAUGGGCGAUGCUAACCUGGACGCUUGUGCGUGACGGAUGGCCGACAGCAUUCAGUGAGAGCAUGGGCAUUGUGGCGGCUCAUAUGUAUGAUUUCCUCACACGCAUAUAUCCGACUUUCGGUGGUGGUAGAAACUACCUUACCACGCCCACUUUCGUGAGGAGGGUUUUUGUCACCCAUACAGCCCGAAGUCAGCAUCGGGCCUAUGGGACUGCCUAUCGAACAGUCACAGAGGAACAAGGUUCGUCCCGGGGUUGGGGUUCGUCACUCCAAGGCCCCUGGAGUAGUAGAGGAAGAAGACUUGGCGAUGGUUAAAGCGACCGUUCCCCCUGUGUGUACUGUAAUCUGAUGAUAAUUCUUAUACUGGUUGCGAAGUAUAAAGCAAACAAGAAUCUUUCCAAAUUACAUAGAAAAUUACCUGGGUAUUCAGAGUGAUGAGGACCAGCGUACAAAGCGUAUGAACAAUGGAAUUU